AUGACUACCGCCGUCGCUGCUCCGCCGGUCACUGCGCCUCACGCGCCCUCGCCCUCCGACCAGGGCGCUACCAGCUCCAGAUAUGCUCCAAUUGCGCCGUCUAGCGGGAACACACCCAGCGGAAAGUCCGCCCGGUCCUCGAGCAACCACGGCUCGCCUGUCUCGACUCACAGCGACGGAUCUCACCGAGAGGGGAAGCGCUCCCCCAACUCCUCCAGGAACUCGCACGCGCCCAAGAUUGUCGUCAAGAAGGAACCCGACUCGCCUGAGAUGCCUCAGGUCUCGCGCCAUCGCCCCCGCCGCCUCGAUCUCUCCCACAACGUGCACUCCUCUGGCGCCAUGACCGCGCGCCCUGCCGGCCCCAUGACCGCCAAGGAAGGCAGCUUGGCCGCCAUGCACGACGUCGGACUUGCCUGCCUGUCUCCCGGAUUUCAGACUCAAGACCCUGCCAUGAGGGAACAGCUUCAGAGGAGCAUGGAUGUUCGGGACAGACAAAGACAGAUUAUCGAGGCGAGACAGAAGGGAAAGACUGUUCAGAUCUCGCACGAUGGCGACAGCUCCAGGCUCGCGGAGGUGAACCCGUUCAAGAGUGGUGGCAGAACCCCCGCGUCAUCGCGGAGAAAGGGUCCUCCCCCGGGUCUUUCCAUUGCGACUCCGUCGGCAAACCAAUUCGCCAACGAGCGCGUCAUCCAGUCGGCGCCUCUCAAUCAAUCAUUUACCGGCAUGAGGGGGUCGGGGUUCUCGUCCCUCUCCAGACAGGUCGCCAACCAGCCUUCCAACCUCUCACAGACUUCUCACAUCCACCACAUGCCUGCGCAGCAGACCAGCAACCGGCUUCCCCCGAUCUCGGACGUGUUCGCCGGUGAGAACAUUUCUGCGCCGAGGGAAUCGAGCCGUUACAACGGCAGCCCCAGCCACUCGUCGCACUCCAACCAGCCUCUUCCCUCUCCCGGAUUCCCCCCUAGCUCUCACAACCAGUCCGCUCAAGCUCCCCGCCGACGGGAAUACAAGUCGGCCGAGGAGGCCGUUCAGUCCAUGUCGGGUGGCCGCGAGGAUCUCCUUCCUCGCAUUGUCCACUACGGCGGCCACCAGCCCCCGACUCCUCCCUCGCCUAUGCCCUCUAAGAACCAGACCAGUCAGGCGGAUGUGCUCCGGCAAGGCACCUCGCGUCGCCGGACGCGUGAGGAGUACGAAAAAGAUAUGGGAACCCCGCCUCUUGGCCGCCAGGAGAGGCGGCCCGGCCCUUUUGGUGAAGGCCGCGAUAGCCCCGAGACGCAGAGGAGAAAGAAGGAUGAGUUCAUCGCGCUCUGCGCACGGGCGUGGGAUCUGUUCCACUCCUGA